GAACAGCGAAUUUUGCGUUUGCGGUGAAAAGGAAGCAAAAACUUUUAAAAAUUUUGUAAUUUCACGAAUUUUAUAGAAGUGUGACCGGGCGUCGGGCUAUUCGUUGCCAUCGUCGAUCUUGUGAUAGUUUCCGAUAAAUGCAGUGUAAUGAUUUCGGACUGUAAAACUUCUUUCUAGCGGCUCAUGAACGGACGGAUUGCAUGACCGCAAAGUUUGUGGGUGGUGUGCGCCUUGAACCGUAAACAUUAGUAUUCUACCUUCCAUUCGUGUUUCGUCUGUUUCGUGAGCCAGCCAGACAUUGCGAACGUCGCUGGGUAAAAAGGCACAGUUUCAAACAUUUGCAUUUGCUUUAACGCCUUGUUUUGUGUGCUUGCGUAGUUGGAAAGAUUCGAAUGCAUUAGCAGUGUGCAUGUAGGCAGGCGGCGAAAUUGUUUAUCUUUUUUCGACCGACCACCCUUGCGUUGCGUGCGUGAGUCAUAUGGAUCAGUGAAUGGAAAGCAAACAAACGUCUAUCUACGACGCACAAACACACCGAUCGAGAAUAUCGAGCAGCCAAUUCCUUACCAAAACGAUACGCACAAUGACAAGCGGAUUUUCGGCGGUUUUCUGGAGGUUCUUCCACUGGGGACCACUGAUUGCGAUGACAAUCAUCAAAUCCAUCACGCUGAUGACGCUCUACCUGAACGCAAUGUGGUGGCCCCCGAACCGGUCCUUUGGGGGUUUCAUCAAUCAGACCGUAUUCCUGAUGCUUUCCGCCAGCACCGGGUUCAAUUUCGUGAUGGCAUCGCUGACCGGUCCGAGGUUCCUGCCGCUGCGGUGGCGCCCGGAGAAUCCCAAACACGAACAGUUUCUGCAGUACUGCACCAGCUGCGAUGGGUUUAAGGCGCCGCGAUCGCAUCACUGCCGCAAGUGUGACCGUUGCGUCAUCAAGAUGGACCACCACUGUCCGUGGAUUAAUCACUGCGUCGGGUGGGCGAACCAUGCGUACUUUACCUGCUUCCUGGCGUUCGCCGUUGCCGGUUGCAUUCAUGCCACCGUCAUCCUGGCCGGUUCGCUGUAUGCCGGCAUACAUCGCGAUUGGUACGUGUACUACGGGCAGUACUCGAAAGCGACCGUCCAUUUGGGGCUGUGGAGUUUGAUUCUGGGGGUUUUGAAUGUUGGACUGGCCAUCGGGGUGAUUAUAGCCGUCGGAAUGCUACUGUUUUUCCAGGUUCGUUCGAUUUUGAACAAUCGAACCGGCAUCGAGGAUUGGAUUUUGGAGAAGGCAAAACAUCGACGGGAAGGCAGUGGGGAAAGUUUCCGUUAUCCGUACGAUUUGGGCAGGUGGCGUAACGUUCAGCAGGUGGCGAGCUGGACCUGUGCCCCUAUCGGUAAUGGGAUCGCGUGGGAAGUGGCCGAUGGUUGCGACCAAUAUACUCUUACGCGUGAACAGCUACGACAGAAAUCGGACAAGCGCGCACGUACGAGAACCUACACUAUACACCGACCGGUGUCCGGUAGCUGGAUUCCGCUGUGGUCUCAGGGCUGUCGGGUUUGUCUGAGCCCUCCACUGACUGAUGAGCCACGCAUUAAGCUCAAAGUAGGCGACGUUGUUAGAGUCACACGUUGGAGAAAGUACUGGCUAUUUGGCGAAAAGGUAAACGAAGAACCAAUUCCGGAACAGAAGAACGGCACAAAGAAGGAGAAAAAACAAAGAAAAGGUAAGGUGCAACAGCCGGUUGACGACGAGGUGCAGAAGCCGCCCCGGAUACGGGGUUGGUUUCCGCGCCAGUGUGCCAUCGAACUUAUGGACGACGAUGACGACGAUCGGAUCGAGCAGCAGAGUCAUUUCAACGAGAAGAAGAAAGUCAAAUAAGCCGUCACGCCAACCGCCGCCACCCGGCGCGCUGUCGGGAGCUUGUGAUUUGUGUUUGAUGCCUUCUAAUUUAAGCGCCUAACGAGAUGCGAUGGAACCUCCGUAUACCCCCGUCCCGGGUAGACCGGUUAGUAUUUUAUCAUAAUAUUUGAGGAAUAUUUUCUAUCAGCCAUUUUUUUUUUUGAUGCGAACCAAAAUAAACGUAUUAGUUGU